CGGUGAAUUAGUUAGAGAAACAACUGUCAUUACAACCAGCGUCGACUUGCUGGGGAACUGAUUUAACACGAACAUGUUCAGCUAACAGGCGUUUCCUACACACUGCCAUACCGGAAUCAGAACCCGACAUUGCAGCCAGAGCGCAGGUUGACAGAAUUUGUACUGGAGAUGAGUUUUGAGUGGCCUUGGCAGUACAAUUUCCCCCCUUUUUUCACAUUACAGCCAAAUGUUGACACCAGACAGAAACAGCUGGCAGCAUGGUGUUCGCUAGCGCUUUCGUAUUGCCGUCAUCGAAAACUGUACACUUUGGAUGUCCUCGAGGCGCAGGAAAGCCCAGUAUUCAACAAUAAGAAGAUUGAGAGAAAGCUGUCAGUUGAGGCCAUACAAGUUGUCUUUGAGGAAUUGAGAAAGAAAGGGAACCUGGAAUGGAUAGACAAAAAUAAAACGCGCUGUUUAAUCAUGUGGCGAAGGCCUGAGGAAUGGGGCAGUCUGAUUUAUCAAUGGGUCUCUAAAAAUGGCAUGAUCAACUCAGUGUUUACUCUGUAUGAACUUUCUAAUGGAGAUGACACAGAAAAUGAAGAGUUCCAUGGACUGGAGGAGUGGAUGCUGCUGCGAUCAUUGCAGGCACUGCAAGCUGAAGGAAAGGCAGAAAUCAUCACGCUGGAUGAUGGGAAGGGAGUCAAGUUCUUCUGAGUCAUGCUUUUCCAUAUAAGACUUUAGGAGGGGGAUUUUUGGGCUCCUUUAAACCCAGACCGAUCUUUUUAUUUUUUGAUCUACUGGGAUCAGAUCUCUGGCAUAUGGACUGUAGUUGCUGGAUUUCCUGGCACAGAUUAAGUCUAGAUUAAACAGGAUUUUUGUAGAAUCCCGUUAAGUAUUUCUGUCUUAAGAUAUUACUGGAAAACCAGCAUGCCAUUAACUCAUUGACUUAAUCAUUGCAUUUAAUGUCCUUAUUGUGUAGAUAACCUCAAAUACAUAAUUUCCUUGGAAUCCUUCUGAAUUGGUGGUUUUACACCUGACAAACAGAAUUACUCAGUAACUUUAGCAAAAUAAGACAUGGAAUUUCACUCCAAGAUAUCUUGCAAAUGACUAAAGGGUCAGUUGACACUUGUUGCACAUCAGACUUCUGAAAAAGAUGCUCAUUAGAUUCUUACUGUGGUGUACAAAAAGUUUUUUGUUCAUUGUAGUGCUGUGAAUCCCAGCAGACUUGUUCUACUUGAAUAUCUCUCUGUGCUAUCAAAAACCCAAAAUAUGUUUUGGGGAUAUUCCAAUGCUUCCUGGCAAAGACAUCUGAAGAGAUGAACCUAGUGUUCUUGUAUAAAAGUGCCGAUACCGUUAAUGACAAUUUGAUUAAUUUUCCCAGUAGCAUUAAUCUUCUUGUCUAUCUGUUUCUGACCACAUUUUAUACAAGUGUAAAAGUGUAUAAAUAAAUUAGAGAUUGGUUUUCAUUUA